UUCCAGACGCGGUAUGGAGAAGGAGAAUGGGGAAGGCGGCGACGCCGGCAAGCCGCCGCCCGACGGGCUGCUCGACGCCGCGGGGCUCUUCGGAGCAUACUGGGGCCGCGACGGCGCGGGCGGCGCGGCGCAGGCCCAGGCGCAGGCGCAGGCCGCACUGUUCGGCUUCGGCGGGCGCUACCCCACCCCGCAGAGCUCCCUCGGCGGGCAUAGCCAGGCGUCCUUCCAUCCUGCGGCUAGUGCAGCAUGGUGGUCCAUGGCGUCUCACCUAGCGGCUCAAGACUAUCUGGCUAGAAUACAAGCCUCUGGUCUUGGGUUCGGUGGGCCGCUUGGGGAUCCUUACUCGGCGCUGUCUGCGUUAUCGGCCAAGCCUGGGAAGGGCAAGCCGCAGCAGAGGAAUGAGAGGUCCGGCCGGAGUAGUACAUCAUCGAGUGCAUCGACGAAGGAGAAGAGUCCAUCCACCAGCAACUCGCAGCCGAGUAUGAGAGCAUCAUACGGCUUCCCAAAGACGUCCUCACCCUCGACGAUGCACUCUCAUUCCCAAGCGAUGUCCAGCUUGGCUUCCCUAAACAGCUUGGCGUCCGCCCCGCACCAAGCCAAGCCGAGCAAGCAUCAGCCGAGCCAACAGCGCAAAUCCUCCUCAUCCUCCUCAUCCACGAGCUCCUCGAAAGGCAAGGAGCGGGAGCUGGCGCUCCUCCGCGGCGACCUGAUGCUGGCGCAGGCCGCCGCGCACGGCGCCUACCACGCUGCCGUCGCAGCCGCGGCCAAGGGCAAGAACAUGUCCCAAUUGUACCCUUUCGGUAUGACGGGCUCCGACAAGGACCGGCACGGGGGCAUCGACUCCCUGACCGGCUUGCCUCACACUAUCCUUAGUGAUCCGUCAUCGGUGUUAGGCGGGGUAAGACUUCCGCCCGAUACAGAAAUUAUCAAAUACACCUCCUCGCUAACAGGGCCUAAGGCGCCGCCAGGGACGACGAAUCGCGGACGAAAGAAGACGAUAUCUUUAGACCCGCCUCAAGUGUCCGUCCAUCCGUCCACGGAGCGAGGGGCACCGCUCCCUAGCAAACGGCAAAAAGUGGACGACUACGGUAACUCCCGGUCAUCGGUCGAAGUGAUCCGGUUGCCGAACAAACCGGACCGUGCCGGACACCGGACGGACAGUCCGGCCAACCUUGCUGACUAUGCGGGUAUUUCCCGUGAGCUGCUACAGACGAUUGCGAGUCAGAGCGGCGUCAGUUUAGCGGCCCUGGAGAGACAGCUGGCUGGCUCCACCGCUGCCGCAGAUUCCGGUCUUAAUCUAAGCUCAAAGUCAAAUAACACGAGUACGGAGGACUCUCCGCUGGAUCUCGGACUAAAGGCUGGCGGAGAUGAAGAUGCUCCGCUAAACCUCUCCCUCAAACCCACGCCUCCUAGCACACAAGCGUCCGACGCGUUAUCCCGCUUAACGUCGCUCAGCAGUUCGCUCAACGCAUCGUCGAGCAACGACAGGAUAUCACGACGAAAGCCGGGCGCGAAGCCUCGUCGCGUGGUGCCUGAGCUCAACUCCCAAGUCGCAGACUCCCCCAGACCCAAGUCCAGUGGGAGCGAAGACAGUGAAUCUGUCGGCUGGCCGAACCGCGAGGGUCGACCACGGAACCUCGGCCGUGGGGUCAGCAAGCCGAAGAAGAAUACAGUGGCCUCGCUGCUUGCACAGAGCAGAGCGCUCGGCCUGAGGCCCGCGCUGGCUCAGCAACUUCUGGCCGAGACUGACCUGGAGAAACUGAAAGCUUUACUCGGCGAGGCUGCGAGUACGGACAGCGAGUGUCCGUCCGACAGUUGUCCGUCAGAUUCCGACACCAGCGAGUCCAGUCGGCUGCACGACUCGUCGUACAGGCUGCCACUCGCUAGAGGCUGGAAACGAAUAACUGUGAUCAAAGGCCUAUCCCGCAACUGUAAUAUAAAGGGUGACGUCACGUACACGCCUCCCGAACCACAUCAAGCUAUGACGAUUAAGAGCAUGCAAGAGUUACAAACAUUCCUGGAUUCGAACCCGCAACCACCUUUAACUACUGAGCACUUCAGCUUCAGCGCGCGCUUAGUACUUGGAGAAUAUAUCCAACCUGCGCCGGAGUUGCCCGAGCCCCUACUCUUUAGCGAGUCCGAGAUUAAUAAGAGAUUGGAGGAAGCAAGGGCGCUGGCAGCGCUAACGGGUCCGCGGCCAACACCGCCCCCUGUCGACCGCAGAAUAGAACUGGCGAGGCGACAGCAAGCGGCGCGAGACGCCCGCAGAGAUGCCAACUCGCGCUCCCGUGACCAGGCGCGACUAGUCAGAGAGCUCGAGCGGACGGAAAAGGCCGAGCUAGCCAAGCGCGAGAAGGAGGCGCGGAGCGCGCAGCUGCUUGAGCAUAUCAACAAGAACCGAACGCAGCUUACCAUCGAGCCGCUACCAAAAACCGAUACCGAAUGGAAAAUACCCGAUCUAGUGAUGGGCCCGGCCACCAAAACCAGCAAAGACCGGACUAUGCCGCCUAUAAGUCUAUCUUUGAUACCUGUCUCUGGUAAAGAUAGUCACAACACGCCGAUAAAGUUAAAUCUAGAACAAAGCUGGAAAGACUCUACAGAAUACAACGCUCUAGACAAAAUGAAACACUUCGCCGAAAAGGCCGCUUUCGAUCUGCCCAAAACCUCCAAACAAAACUUCGAUUUCUCCAUAUUGAAAACGCAAGACAAAAAAACUAAAGCGUCAGACAAAGAGAACAGUUUAGAAAAACUAAUAGAAUCCUAUUCAAGAAUAUCGGAGUUCAUAAACGGCUGCGAUUGGACGAAACUGCAGGAUAAGAAAGACGACACGAAAACGCUUGAACAGAAAUAUAUUGAUGCUAAAAACGAGUUCAUGUCGCAGAAUUUAAUGUUGAUGCCUAAAAAGACUGUUAGAGAAGUCAUAGAUCUAAGCGAGGACGAUGAACUCACAGAAUUGACAAAGAGAAUAAACAAAGGUACCAUAAAUGUCGGGAAAGAUGGAGAACUAUCGAUCUCGGUACAUAAUUUCGGAAAGGAAGUUUCGGCCAAAAGGCGAAAACAUGAAGAGAUUGAGAAACAGAAAGUUGAGGAGCAAGUCAAAAAACAACAGGACAGGGAAGUUAAACGGCAACAGGCCAUGCUGCUCAAAGAGCAGCAAAAGUAUAUAAGCGAGGAAAGAGAGAGACGGCGACAACACACGACGUUCAUCCGGCAACUGGACUCGCGGAGGAGAUGGGAGGAGCGAGAGAGACGGAAACACCAGAACCUACUAGACAGGCUGCUGGCGAAAGAGAAGAAGUUACAGCAGAGGAGGAAAGAGAUGGAACUACUCGCUGAACUAAGACGACCUCAGGAAGACUCCACGCUAUCAGAUCAGAAGCCCCUCCCCACCCUAAAUAGGGUCCCUGGCUUGAAGCUGCCCGGCCAAGCCAUGGCCGAUCUGCUCCAAGCGUUCGAGUUCAUACACAACUUCGGGCAGACACUAGGAUUCGAUGUGGACUCAAUCCCGUCCCUGAACACUUUGCAAGCGGCGCUGCUGCCUGCAUGCAGCCCCGAAGUGGAAUUGGAGCUGAUGCAGGUUCUGACACAUCUCCUCGUCUGUGCCAUCGAGGACCCCGGCAUUCCGCACCCAGGACGUCACACAACAUUACUAGGACACGCUCUACGUAUGGGCGACAUUACUGAACACAACCUUAGCGAGGUUCUCCGUAUAUACCUGUACGCCAACGCGACUGGCGAAGUCAAGGCAUUGACUGGUCUAUCUGCGGAACGGGAGAGAGAACGGCGAGUCGCAGACCACCAUCAGACUGACGCUGAGAUCCAACAAACAGUGUCUACAACCAAAAAUGGUGCUUACUACGAGCAUCUGCACAACAACAAUACAUACAAACUGUCUGAGGCCCUCCGCGAUAAGCCGUUCCUAGCCCUCAACGCGACUACAAAGUCCGCCAUCUUGGCUUUCCUAUGCAACGAGCUGCUGCAGAACAAAUCCGUGCUGCGGCAGAUCGACGGAGCCCUAGACCACCUGAAUCAGCUGAAGAAAGAGCGGUACCUUAUGGAUAUGAAGAUACGGAAAGUACGAGUCCUCCACCAACGCAAGCAGCGAGCAGAGCAGACUGAAAAACAGCAACUGUUAGCCUUGGAAAGAAUGCAGCGGCUGGUGGAAGAGAGUACUGCAAGUCUUAAUCGCGCCUCGCCUCAAUCGCAUGAGGAUGAGCAAGCGACCCCCGAGAAAGACCGCAAAGAUGACAAGGAAUCCACCCCCGAAAUCGCCCCCUCCCCUUACAAGGAGGAAAGCGACAAAGACCACUCCCCCCUAAAGGAGGGGAAAAAGGAGCCUAUGAAUAAUAAUAAGGAGGAAUGUUCCCCUCACGACAAUAAGGUUGACAAGGAUAGUGUGAUGGGGGAUUGUGAUGCGAUAUUGAGCGAUUUGGAGAGUGAAGGAACACAGCCUGAGGAGGAUGAAGACAAGAACUUAUCUGCAGAAGAACUAUCUCGAAAACUGGAAAAGUUACUGAGACAAUCAGAGCAACAGUUGCAGCAACUGGCCGCCGGGUCGCAUGCUCUGAGAGCCACGUGUUACGGACAAGACAGAUAUUGGCGCCGAUACUGGUCUCUGGGCAAGUGCGGAGGCGUGUUCGUGGAAGCGAUGGAGUCUGCUCAGCCGGAGAUCAUGGACUACCAUUUCGCGCUCGAGGAGCGGGCGCGGAGGCCUGCGGAACUUAGGAGAGUAGUGAAAGAAUGCAAGGAAAUUCAAGCGGACGCGCCCGACCUCGCCACCGAGGCCCUCAAGAAGGAAGAGGCUCUCAAGAGCGAGCUUGAACUGAAGAGUAUAAAGUCGGAGCUGAACCUCAGCGACCACACGCAGAUCAUCAAAUAUGAGCCUAAUGUCAAACAUGGCGCGUGCAAGGUCGAAGGGUCAAUAAAAAUGGAAGAGAAGUACAUCCAGCACAAGCAGAUGAACGAGGAAGAGAUGUUGGACAUAGAGGACUCCAUCCCCACGGCCUUCCUCGUCCAGAAACCCACGCACACCCCCAUGUUCGCCGCGCAACCAGAGGCCGUAGACAAACCACAGGAAAUCGUGAAAGUGGAAAACGUAGUCAAAAAAGACGCCGAAAAAGAAGAGCCGGAGGAACAGAAAGACCAACUAGUCAACAAUUUGGAAGAACUUCGCAAACUGGCCGAAGCGGUGUCUUCCCAGCUCGACGCCGCGAAGAAAGCGGAAGAAAUUAAGGAAGAAAAAGAAAUCAAAAAGGAAGAGGUUAUGGAACCUGACGCUGCACAUAGCUACUUAUAUACAAAGAUGUUGGAAGGGAAAUGGUUCUCUAUAUUACGACACGAAAACUCCUUUUUAAUCUCCGAAGAGAAAGAUCAGAAAGUCUACUGUGACAAUGAACACUCCUGCUCUGAAAUAAUUAUGUCACAAGGGCACAAAUGGGACGUGUCUAAUAAUCUACAUUUACUAAAUGAUCCUAGUCUGUUCACGUUGAAUAGUAUGGUGACGAGCGUUCAAGUGCCGAGUAAUAAUGUGUAUACGGAUUCUAGCAUGUCUAUGUCUGGGUUGGAUCAGGAUAUGCUGGAUGCUAGUAAGGAGGGGGUUUUGGGAUUUUGGGAUGUUAAGGAGGAUAGUAAACAGGAACAAGAACAGGACAACGACCUAGAAAAGGAACUGCAAGCCGACGCCCUAAAACACGACAUGGCCUCCCAAAAGGCAAAGGCCUCCUCCCUCACCUCUCUCGGCCUCCUCAACUUCAACGCGCUAUCUACAUAUGUGACGUGCGACAGUCCGCCGCCUAUUCAAAUGACUGCUGACGAGAUGCAACAGUUAGACAAGUGUAAAGUGCAUGGAUUGCCGAAGAAGCAGGGGGGUGCUUUCGUACCUAGAGAGUUAAGGCACGGAUGGUGGCGUAUCACAGACCCUGACCAACUGAAGGAGUUGAUAGAUUCCCUGCAUCCGCGCGGUGCGAGGGAGAAAGAACUACAUGCUUCUCUAGUGCAGAAUACUCCUACAAUAAAUAAUAAGCUAUACAUAGACAAAGGUGACGUGUCGUGCACUGAACUGUCAAUCACCCCCCUCGAUCGAGCGAUUAUGGCGUCCGGAGGGUACCCGCCUCCUGAGCCCCCGGGGUCCUUCUGUGCGGUCACGGCGAGACGCUGCGACAUGCAGUUACUUGGCAUGGUGCAAGCAUUAGAAGAACGGGUCGUCGCCGCAUUUAUGCAGGUUCGCGGCUGGAGUCCGUCCCGCCUCGCGCUACCCGAGGAAGCCUCCGGCGCCGAAAUAGUGGCCAGAGCACGACAUAAGUUGGCCACGCUAGAGGCACAUAUCGAGAGGAGAUACCUGAAGCCACCUUUGGUACAAAGGUACGCUAGUAAUUCGGACGCUAGUCUCGGCGCGGCGCGGCAAGGCGAACACGGAAACGCGUCCGCUCCGUCACCACACGAUUCUGACGUCGAAUCUAAACCUGAAACAAAGUCUCUAGCGCGCGGCCUUGCGACCUGGCGAGAGGCGGUCGCCCGGUGCAACACUUCGGCACAACUGGCCAUGCUGGCGGCGGCGCUUGAAGCCGCCACGGCGUGGGACAAGAGCGCCAUGAAGGCGAACUGCCAAUUCUGCCUGCUGGGAGACAACGAGGAAGAACUGCUGCUGUGUGACGGUUGUGACAAAGGCUACCACACGUACUGCUUCAAGCCGAGCAUGGACAAGAUACCCGAAGGCGAUUGGUACUGCUGGGUGUGCGUGAACAAGGCUCGCGGUGAAAGAGUCUGCAUAGUUUGUGGCGGUGCGUGCCCCGGACGGACCAUCCCGUGCGCGCUGUGCGUGCGCGCAUACCACCACGACUGCCACUACCCACCAUUACCUAAGAACCCGCGCGGCAAAUGGUACUGCUCCCAAUGUAUCUCUCGCGCUCCCCCCAAGAAGCCGCGCAAUACGAAGAAAAAGGACAGCAAGCAUAAAGACGUGAACACAAGCGUCGAAUCCGACCAGAACAUGGUGCCUAGUCCGGCGCCGUCGCACGCGUCGACGUCCACGCUGGCGGAGGACCCGGGCGGCGACGCGGCGCCCGAGCCCGAGCACCCGUAUUUGUAUAAUGUUACAGUACCACCAGAUUUGCCCGAAGACGAACCUCCCCCAGAAAAACGACGCGCCUUACAAUACGUGGGCGGGAACGGGGCGCUACAACACGACACUGACAAUGUGGACGGAAAAGAGCCGGACGCAGAGAACGUGCCGCUGCUGUCUCGCGCGAAGAAAGAGAAGCACAACACGAAGAAACUGCAGAAAGAACUGCAGUUUUGCAAGAACUUACUGUACGAGAUGGAAUGCCACGAGCACGCGUGGCCGUUCCUGCUGCCCGUCAACACCAAACUGUUCCCGCAGUACAAGAAGGUGAUCAAGUGCCCCAUGGACCUGUCCACCAUCAAGAAGAAACUGCAAGACAACACGUACAAAUGUAAAGAGGAGUUCGCAUCGGACGUCCGGCUUAUAUUCAGCAACUGUGAAGUGUUUAACGAGGACUACAGCCCGGUCGGCCGAGCCGGACACAACAUGAGGGAGUUCUUCGACUCGCGCUGGGCGCAGAUAUAA